CAUCGGAAAUUUGCCCUUGUGUGGCUGUUUCUUACCCCAGGAUUGAAGCAUGAACGCUGGGGCGUUCUCGGGCUCGGGCCCCCUGUCCUGGGCCGUGUACCUGAUGAGGAAGGGCCGGACGGCGGGCGCACUCUUUGACCCUGCCCCUGGCCGGCGGUACACGCCCCCCUCUACCACGCUGGCCUCGGGGGGGAAGAUGGCCGAAGCGCUGCCUCUGGGCGCCGCGCAGGACAACGCCGGUGGCGGGGCUUUGUUGGCGGGAAAACUACGCCUGGCUGAGCGUGGCAUGGUGGAGGUGAUCUCGGACCAUCCAGGCGAGCUGGUGAAGACGGACAGUCCUAACUUCUUGUGCUCCGUGCUGCCGACACACUGGAGGUGCAACAAGACGCUGCCCAUCGCCUUCAAGGUGGUUGCCCUAGGCGACACACCUGAAGGAACCUUGGUAACAGUGAUGGCGGGAAAUGAUGAGAACUACUCAGCUGAGCUGCGCAACGCCACGGCUGCCAUCAAGAACCAAGUGGCCAGAUUCAACGACCUGCGCUUUGUUGGCCGCAGCGGACGAGGGAAGAGUUUCACUCUGACCAUCACAGUGUUCACCAACCCUCCUCAGGUGGCCACAUACCAGAGAGCCAUUAAAAUUACUGUGGACGGUCCAAGAGAGCCACGACGUCACCGUCAGAAGAUGGACGAAGUCAAACCUGGCUCCCUGGCUUUCUCUGAGCGGUUAACAGAACUUGAACAGCUGAGACGCGGCUCGAUGAGGGUGACGCCCCCUCACCACCAUCACCAUCAACACUCUGCCCACACUCGGCAAUCCGCAGCGCUGAACUCAGCCCCCUUCUCCAGCCCGACACACGCUCAGAUGACUGCCGACUCCAGACAGAUGCAGUCUUCUCCGUCUUGGUCCUACGACCAGUCGUAUCCCUACCUUGGCCAGAUAACCACGCCCACCGUCCACACAGCCAAUCCCCUCUCGCCUGGUCGAUCCUCGCUCAGUGACCUGUCCUCACGACUCUCAGGUCCUGAGCUCACAGCGUUUGGCGACCCGAGGAUGACAUUAGAACGUCCUUUCCCCUCCCUGCCUGACUCGCGUUUCUCCGACCACCGGGUGCACUACCCUCCCACUGCGGCCGCUUUCACUUACACCCCACCUCACAACGCUGUCUCCAGCGGUGCCCUUGGCAUUACAAUGGCGACAGCCAUGGCAACCACCCCGGCAGGGAGGUACCACACUUACCUGCCUCCUCCGUACCCGGCAAACACACCUCACCAGGCGCAGAGUUUCCAGUCCACAUCCUCGCCAUACCACCUGUACUACUCCACCGCAGCCGGCUCCUACCAGUUCUCCAUGAUGGCGGGGGGUGGCAGUGGCGACUCACGCUCCCCGCCAAGGAUCCUGCCACCCUGCACCAAUGCCUCCACAGGCUCCGCUCUCCUUCACCCCUCGCUGCCCAAUCAGAACGAAGUAGUUGGUGUGGAGGUGGAGUCCAGCCACAGCAGCUCACCGACCAACAUGGCCGCAGCUGAAGCUGUCUGGAGACCAUACUAAACCCCUGACACUGGAAACCGUACUAAACACCUAAACCUGCAGACCGUAAUGAUCACCUAACCCUGCCAAACGUACUGAACACCUAACCCUGGAGACCGGACUGAACACCUAACCCUGCCAAACGCAGUGACCAACAAAAUCUGCAGUCCGAAAUGAACACCUAAAUAUGAAGACACUGAGAAACUCUGUCUCAUCAUUUGCACAAACAGUCCUGUCAAUCAUCUAUCUUUGGACAUGCUGUUUGUAAGCCCAAAAACGGUGUGAUGCGAUGUUGUCAUGGUUAACGUUUGCUAACCUAACUAGCGCUACCUCCACUGUUAAAUAACAAUUAUUCCAACUUGUUAAACUGCAAUGCUGUGUUCGGGUAGACGUCAUUCUCAGGUCUGGCUUCCUUCUCCCAAAGUAAUUGUUACGCAGCAGUAGUCCGUCUGUGUGUACUUUCUGACUUUACUAUUCAGCUCUAAUCUCACUGGUUCCCACUGAAAACAGAAACCUUUAAAAAACAGCUCACAAAUACUGUUGAUAUUGUUUUUAUUAAUAAAGAAGGUUGAGUGAUUUUCCCAAAAAGCUGAUAGAAGAUAUAUCAGAUACAGUCAGUGCUGGUUUAUGUCUACACGUGGAACUUAUAUAUGAAACAAAUAUUGAAUAUUUACAGAUUUAUCCUUGAAGAGAGAGUAUGGGUGUGUUUCAUACACAUUGGUUGUUGUUUGCAUGUGAGAUGAGAAUGUUUUCCAUGUCCGACCUGAGAGAAACCCUCUGACAGUCCAGUUGGUGUGGUCUCAUGCUAGCUUGGCUCAUAGUCACCUUUUCUCAGCUACAUAUCACUGUAAAGACUGCUAAACUUAACUGUCACCCGACUGGCUGGCGGUUGCUUGAUUUUGUAGGCUAUUGUUCAAAUUGUUGCAUCAAGGGUAUGCAGUUCCAUUGGGCAGGGAGGAAAUGUCGGGACACAUGAUUCUAUCACAUAGCAGCGAUGCCAAUCGGCACCUAUGGAUGCAGUUCCCCAGUUGUUCCUUGGGUAAGUUGCGACUCAGGAAGUCUGCUUACUUAGUUUUUUUACAUAUGCGCACCGGUAUUUGGAAACACUUUACGUCAUCACUUGACCGGUAGCUGGACAAGUGAGUCCUCCUGA